CUGACCAAAAAUUUGUCCCCGGACCUCCAACCAGGACGAAUAAUAGUUGGCAGGAGUACAUAGACACUUCCUUCUUAGAUAUCUACGGGCCUAGGUCAUAGCCUAAUUAAACUUGUGUUGUAUUACGUUGUAUUUGUAUCGGUCUACUACUGUGAAAGAUAAAUGGAGGAGCCAUGGGCGCUAUAAGUAAUUUAAUUACAGCCUGGAUGAUGAAAUGCCCUCAUCAUUCCUUCAUGUUGAUUGAUCGUGUUUUGAGGAUUUGCAAUGGAAUUAUAUAUUAUAAUGAAACGGUAAAAAGGUUUUAAAAUCCUUUCACGUUAUCAAGAAUUUCGUUUCAAACGAUUUCAUGUUGAAUUAAGUCAUCUAUACACACACACUAUACUAGGCCCCUAAGCUUGGCGUACCUGCAGAUCAUAAUGCCGAAAGACUCGAGUACUUCGAUUCUCUGUUCGUUGAAGAAAGCGAAUACGACUAUAAAAGUGACGUAAAGCAUCAUUGCGUAAAGUUCGAUUAACUUGUACUCGGACCUCUGAGACUCGGGACUCGGAGAUCUGAUCUGAGUGAAAUGAAAAUUGAAAACGUGACUGCUUGCUGCUGUUGGUUGGUUGAUCAGUGUUGUUUUGUGUCGUGUUGUGAUACGAAACACGUGUGAAGUGCAGGGUUAGAGAUUCUAAGAGAAGGAUCAUCUUGAUUACAUUUCUGAACCCGAGGCCUUUCUGAAAAGAAAGCCUUCUGAAAAUCAAGGCAUCAAAAUCAUCAUGGGGAGAAAGAAAAGAGGAACAGUAAGGUCAUAUGGCAAAGAAAAGAAUUUCAACAGAGGUGGUGGAAAGGUUGGGGAAGGAUAUGACUUGGCAAUGCGAGACAAUGAGUUGUUUGCCAAAUAUUAUAAGGGUCAGGGAAUUGUUCCAGAGGAUGAGUGGGAAGAAUUUUACGCCACCCUGAAGAAAACCCUUCCUGUAACUUUCAGAAUUACUGGAUACAAAAGCCAAUCAGAAGAGUUACUGAGCAUGAUAAAGGGCAAGUAUUUCAGCAACAUGCUGGAUGUUCAAGUGGAUGGAGAGACAAUAGCUCCCCCUAAGUGCUUGUCUUGGUACCCAAAGGAGUUGGCGUGGCAGCUGGAUCUGACCCGUAAGAUUGUCAGGAGCAGUGAGCCUUUGUCGCGUCUUCACGAUUUUCUCAUUGCUGAGACAGAAUGUGGAGCCAUCAGCAGACAGGAGGCUGUGAGCAUGAUUCCACCUCUGGUGAUGGACAUAAAGUCACACCACAAGAUCCUGGACAUGUGUGCGUCCCCUGGCUCCAAAACUGCACAGCUAAUUGAGUACAUGCACAGUGACUGCCCACAAGGUGAGCUGCCGUCAGGCUACGUGAUUGCGAAUGACACAGACAACAAGAGGUGUUACCUCAUGGUGCAUCAGGUGAAGAGACUGCAGAGCCCCUGCUGUAUGGUGGUCAACCAUGAUGGAACUGUCUUCCCCAAGAUACGCACCAACGCAGAUGAGCACAAUCCCCAGUUCCAGCUCUUUGACCGUGUUUUGUGUGACGUUCCUUGCAGUGGCGACGGCACCAUGAGGAAGAACUUUGAUGUUUGGAGCAAGUGGCACCCUCUGCAAGGUGCUAACAUGCACGGUCUCCAGUUAAAAAUCUUGCGAAGGGGUUGCCAGAUUCUUGCAGUGGGCGGCCGUCUGGUGUACUCAACCUGUUCACUGAACCCGGCGGAAGACGAGGCGGUCAUUGCAGAGAUGCUGAGGAGUUCCCAGGGGGCCAUGGAGCUGGUGGACAUUCAGGACAUGUUGCCGGGACUCAAGUUUACCAAGGGAGUGUCCUCUUGGAGGGUGAUGACUAAAGCGGGUGAAUGGAUAGAGAGUGCUGAGGAGCUCCCUCCAGCGAUGAAGACUCAGGUCAAGCUCACGAUUUUCCCCCCAACACCAGAAGAAGCAGAGAAGUUCCACCUGGACAAAUGUAUCCGUAUCCUCCCCCACCAGCAGAACACUGGAGGUUUUUUUGUGGCAGCGCUGCAGAAAGUUCGUCACUUGCCGGGAUCCAGGGAGGCCAGACUGGAGGCAGAGGCAACCGCUAAGGCUGCUGAGGCAGCCUCUACUGCAGAGGAGCAAGCGCCAACAGAAUCGGAGCAAACAGUAAAGAGCAGCGAGUCAGUACCUGAGACUGAGACAGCCCAGUCAGCAGCAGUGGAAGAGGCUACUGAGACAGGCGGUGACAAGAGAAAGGCACCUCAGUCAGGGGAAGAACCCAAGCCAAAGAAACAGCGAAUGUAUGGCUACAAGGAAGAUCCCUUCCUCUUCAUGACAGCUGAAGAUCCUGUGUGGCCUCCAAUAAGAGAUUUUUUCGGCCUAGGGGAAGAUUUCCCAGCCAGUCUCAUUCUGUACCGCUCGGAACAGGGGAAGCGAUCACUGUACUAUGUGUCACAGGCCAUCAGAGACAUUGUCAGGUGCAACGAGAACCGAAUCAGGUUUAUCAACAUGGGAGUGAAGACGUUCAGUCGCAGUCCAUCACCACUAGUACCUGAAUGUGAUUUCAGAAUCACACAAGAGUGUGUGGCCACCCUUCAGCCCCACGUGACUAAGCGCCUGGUGACCGUCAACAAAAGUGACGCCAUCAUCAUCACAAGCCAGGAGAACCCUUUCACAUUCAAGCUCAGCGAUGACACACAGGAGCAGCUCAAGAAAAUGUCUCCUGGCAGCACAGUGUUUAUGUUCAGUCCUUCAGAGAAGGAACCAUCUCCCAAAUGUGAGAUUGUGUUCUGUGGGUGGCGUGGGAAAGCUUCUGUCCGAUGCUUUGGCUCUCGGUGUGAUCGCGCCCACGCUCUGAUGUUACUGGGAGAGGACCUGAAGGAAAUCAACAAGCGUGUAGCAGCAGAGAAACAAGCCAAACUUGAGGCGAAGAAAUCUGCCGAACAAGAAGACUCGGCCCUUGCAAAAGAAGGUGAUGAUGAUGGCGGUGCUGAGGAAGCUGAUGAUGUCAAAGGAGAAGAGGGGGAGAAGGAUAAUCAGUUGAAAGAGGAAGAGGCCAAAGUACCCGAGGACAGCAGUGAAGGUCCUCCUGAAGAUGCGAAGGAAGAUGCGUCAUAACUGAUUUAAGCAUAGCAGUAGUUAAACCUUUGUGGAGACAAUUUUAGGGAUAGCAAAUUUGGAUUUGGGAUGAGCUUUUACCUUUUUAAAAUUCUCUUUCCCUUCCUCAGCUUCAACAUAUUAAAAAUUAAAGUGCAAUUAAUGAUAUUCACAUGAUUUACUUUACAGUUUUUUUUUUCAUUGGAGCUUUUGUGGCUUGGAGUCUUGUCCGAACAGAAUUCUGUUUACUGACAUAAACAGUCCCGUCUGUAAAGAGGAACCAGUAUGUAAUACUAAGUAAUUGGCUUUAUUUACAAUCUCUGGAAGCAAGGGAAAGUGCCUGUUUAUUUUUAUUCAAUUGCUCAGCGGUUACAGAAGUCAGAUAUGUUUGACUUUUUUCAUUUUGAACCGUAAAUGUUUUUGAUAAGAUAUGCUCUAUCUUUGUCAUUUCCUGAAGCUCUUAAUCUUCCUUACAGACUGAAUUAUUGACAUGUUCAGUUGCGCGCAUGUCUGUGAGUCAUGUAAUAUUUUUAAUUUGUUUCUGAGAAGUUCAGUCUGGCCUAGAAUCAAAGGGCUUAAACUUUAAGUUCUAAAUAAACAACUGUGGACCAGUGAUGAUUUUAAUUUGAAGAGACAGAUAAUCUCCUGUACUUUCAUCAUUCUUACUUUUUUUCACAGAAUUAACAAAUUACACCCUAACUCGCACAAGAAUUUUCAUACGCGCUCCACUCUAACUCGCCCAGAACUGCCCCCACCGACUUAAAGUCUUUAGAAAUGAAGUUUCGCCUUAUCGAAACUCUGGGGCCGAGAUUUUGAUUUACAUUUACAUGGUUGAAAAAUGUUUCUUCUUCCGUUUGAUACCGAAACGAAAUUUUUCGGGCCAGUGGUUUUCACAUUAAAACUGAUUGAAGUGCGAUUGCGUUUCUGACACUUCGAAGGUGUCUCGACUUGAAAAGCAACACAA